AUGGCCACCAUCGAACCUCGCCUCAUUCAUCUCUUGAACGAGUCGACAUCGACUCCUCAGCACUCCCAUACCGACCUCCCCCCUCUGCAUGCCUUGCCUCUCCACGGCCAUGGCGACAGACCCUUGCCGAGGCUCGAUCGUGAUGUAAGCCGUCAUGGCGCUUCGCACCCGUAUCCCAUCCGCCUGCUUCUCGACGAUUCCGACUCGGGCGAGUCUCGACAAGGUCAUGGAGCCUACCGUGAUGACAGUCCCGAGGGACCCGACGAUGCCUACCACAAGAAGCGCAGUCGUGCCACAAUGCACCUCAAGGACGACUUUGUGCAGCUGCCGCAGCCACUCAAGAAGCAGAAGGCUACACAGCAGGCCCUCGUCAUGCCGCCCAUCAUCAACGGUCUCCACGAGCCCCCGCCUCACGCUGCGCUCUUCCCGCCCAUUUCGUCAACCUCCUACGAGAAUGAUGCAAACCAGAUGAAGAUGCUGCACGACUUCAACAACCACAGCAGCCCCGACGAACGAUCCCACCGCCGAGGCUCCUCCGAGACCGACAAGAGCUCCUCAAAGGGCCGCAAGCGCGCCACGAAACCCCGGCGCAAGUGGACCGACGAGGAGACGAAUCACCUUCUCCUCGGCGUUAACCGCCAUGGUGUCGGUAGAUGGACCAACAUCCUGGAGGACCCCGAUUUUACAUUCAACGAUCGCACUGCUGGCGACUUGAAGGAUCGCUUCCGCACUUGCUGCCCGGAAGAACUCCGAGGCUCCGGCAAAGGCUCUCGAUCCGAUCGUCGCUCAGAGGGCAGUAAGAGCAGUCCUCGCAAGGGACUACAUUCGGAAAAUAUUUUGAUUACCGAGGAACAGACUCGCGCCAAGAGCUCCAAGAGUUCCACUGACUCUGAAUCGCCCAAGCAAAAGAAAAGUCGUGCCCAUCGCAAGAACCUGGAAGACUUGGCCGAGCUUGGCAUUCACGGGCCUUUCAAAAAGUCCCAUCGCCGUGAGCGUCGCCCUUUUACGGAGCAGGAUGAUCGUGAGAUUCUAGAGGGUCUAGAUCACUACGGGCCGGCGUGGACCAAGAUUCAGCGCGACCCUCGCUAUCAUCUCUCCACGCGACAGCCCACCGACUUGCGCGACAGAGUCCGCAACAAAUACCCUGCCAUCUACCAGCGUAUCGAAAAGGGCACUUUCCAAACCAAGGAUUCGUCCAGGGGCAACGACAUCAUGGAGCCGUCCGUCAACAUGUCUAUCGACAACUCGCUGAAGCGGUCCAAGGUGACCACCAUGGAUAGCCGCCGCGAUUCUCGCGAGGAUGCCCCUAGGUGGCCUGCUCACGCCGCGGAAUCCGAGUAUGCCCAUCCCACUAGCUUUGAGUUUGGGGAUGCCGGUGCAACUCAGUUUAUGGGUGGCGAAAUGGACAUCUCCAGACUCCUUCUGGAUGACCCCAGGAUGGCUCAAGGCCACGGCCGACAGGGCGAACAUUCGGGUCCGUCGUCACCCACUGCUACAAACUUGGACCCUCGUCGCGACCGCUACGAAUACGCACUUCGGUGCUAG